UGGCUUUUUAUCCGUCUGCCUACCCGGAGCGCUUAGAGGGCAGCGCACUUCCUCCGGGUGGGGAGGUGCGCACGUUUGAAGUGGCUGAAAGGAGGAGUGCAUAUGUCCACUUGUCCAGUUUGUACGUGGAGAUGUCGGGCCCUGUUUCCAACUAUGCCUUACGGAUGGCCCGCUUGAGUAAGCGUAUAUUUGGAGAAGUUGUUCGCCCAACCGAUACUUCAUCCAUGAAAGUCGUCAAGCUGUUAAGUGAGCAGCCCUUGGCAAAGCGCAAGGAAGUCUAUGACUGGUAUCCUCCUCACAAUAUCUACAGUGGCCUCAUGUGGAGGCUUCGUUCUUAUGGCCUCUACAGGGAUGAACAUGAAGAUUUUAAAGAUGAGAUGAAACGGUUGAGGAGGCUGCGUGGAAAAGGACCCCCCAAGAAAGGAGAAGGAAAAAGAGCUCUGAAGAAGUAGAAGCACUAUUAAGCCACAAAUAUAUUUAAUAAAAUAUUUUGCAACAGGUGGUGACUUUAUUUAGUACUUUAGUUUGAAGGGGAUUUUUUCCCAUCCAAUAGAGGACUCUUCCCAUUUCAGGACUGGAAUCUUUGCCCUAUGAUGUCACUGUAAUUAAUCUGUUUUAUCAACAUAAAUACCAAAACUACAAAGAUGAGUCAAAUCA